AUGGAUUGUUAUCCUUCCCAACAACACUCGCAAUUUGAAGCUGAACCAGGCGCCUACGAUGGCUAUGCCAUAGACGAGCACGUAAAACCCUCUUCCAAUCGUCGUGAUUCGUCUUCAGGGAAACUCUUCGUUGGCGGCAUUUCGUGGGAAACUUCUCAAGAAUCAUUUUUUAAUUACUUCAGCAAAUAUGGAGAAGUAACAGAUUCAGUAAUAAUGACGAAUAAACUUUCUGGAAGGCCACGAGGGUUUGGCUUUGUAACAUUUGCCGAUUCAGCUGUUGCAGAUGAAGUUUUGGCACAGGAACAUACCAUUGAUGGCAGAGUGGUUGAAGUGAAGAGGACAGUCCCUAGGGAGGACAUGGAAGUUUUUGGAGUAUUAAAAACAAAGAAGAUAUUUGUAGGGGGAAUACCCCAACUUUUCACUGAUGAUGAGUUGAGGGGAUACUUUUCACCUUAUGGUGAUGUUAUUGAGUGCCAAAUCAUGCUAGAUCACAAUACUGGGCGAUCUAGAGGAUUUGGAUUUGUCACUUUUGAUGAUGAAGAUUCAAUCGAAAAAGUUUUUUCAGCGGGAAAAAUACAUGAAAUUGGAGGCAAGCAGGUUGAAAUUAAGAGAGCUGAGCCCAAAAGAUCUGGAGUUGAUCACAUCAGUACCACGCGAAAGUCGUAUGGUGGUUUUGGCAAUGGAAUGGAUGGAUAUGGUGGGAAUAGUUCUAGAAAUCGUAAUCAUGGAAAAAGAGGUGGACAGUAUACAGAUUCUGGAAUGAACGGAGCAUAUGGCCAUUUUGAGGGAAGCUUUGGUGGAAGUGCUGCCACUGUGUAUGGUGGUUAUUGUGGAUAUGGUUAUGGCUUUGGAUAUGGUGGGCCGAUGUAUUGCUAUGGCGGUUAUGGACUCAAUUCUUAUGGUAAUCCUCCUGGGAGUUAUGGUGGCAUUCCUUCCUAUGGAGAUGGUAAUGCAUAUGGAAGGAACGGUAGUUUCAAUCGCACCAGUGGCUAUGAUGGUGGCAAAGGGGCUGAGAAGGAUGAUGGUCCUACGACUGGAAGGUACCAUCCUUACUGGAAGUGA